AUAACAAAAUGCUAUUAAUAAGCUGGUAUUUAACUGAAACAAGACUUAAAACUAUUUAAGAUAUAAUAAUUUUAGACUGAAAUGGACUAAGGAAUAUCUUCAGUUUAUAUUUUCUUUAAGGAUAAAUUUGAUACAAAAUAUUGGUUCUAAAUACUUUUUAUUAAUUUUGGCUGGAUAUAUGAUACCAGAACACGUGCUAAACUUUUUUAUUUUUUGCAUGUUACUCGGGUAGUAUGAAUUAUGAACUAUCUGGAGACAGGGCUACCACACACUGACUUCGUUCGCCGGAAGACGGACUUUAGUCCACCGCGUUUUAUUCCACUAUGUAGCCUGGGUCGCAAGUACCGUGGGCUCGAAUCACUGACCAAGAGAGAGAUGUGCGUCCUUGUAAAAAGACUGAGUGAACCCAAAAGGAGCUCUGAAGUUGAGGAUCCAACACCAGAUCUAACUCUGGUUCGACGAAAGGCUACUCCCGGCACAGGUCGUUUUGUAGGCCAAAAGAAAAUGUCAAGCUUCGAGAUUGACAAAAUGGUUGACAGGUUAUAUAGUCGCCGUGCCACAAAAGAUUAUGCUUUUGUUGACGAAACUGUUGAAGCAGACGAUAUAGUUAAUAUGACAAACAGAAAUGACGUUUCGAGUGAUUCCGAAAACGAGGCUGAAGAAAAUAAAAUAGUAAAAGACCGGGAAAACUCUCUACUUAGAGGAGAAAAUAGUGUAAAAUUAAACGCGGAACGUGCGAGGAAACAUAGCGCUUUAAUUAGACGGGAAAACACCACCACAAACGAAUCAAAAUCGUCAUCAUUUAAGAGUCGUAGGUUACCAGAAGCGAAAGAAGUUACCACAAUGCCGUCGUUAAACAGCAAUAGCAAACCGAAAACGUCUGUUUCGUUUCACCGUGCUAAGUCUUUGACAGAAUCCAAGAAACAUAUUGAUGAGCAUCAUCCAGUAUCAGACAGUGGAAGCAAUGAAUGUUCUUUUUCAUACAGACCUGAAUUCAAGAGAUCGCAAUCAUCUCUAGGUCAAAGGUCACAGCCGUUUCUGAGUCAAAGAUCACAGGCAUCUGCUAAUCCAAGACCACAGUCAUCUGCGGGUCCGACUUUAAGCAAAUCAGAUGUUUUCAAGAAACCUGAACAAAUAGAAGAGCGUAGAAAAAGUAUCGUUUUUGCAACAUUUAUCAAACCCCCAUUAUCAUAUGUACCAGAACUAAGUCGGCCUUCAACUUCAAAUCUUCUACUCUCACUAGAUGCGCAUGAUGCGGUAACGUCUUCUAGGGAAAAAGAGGUGAAUAAAAGCCUCGAUAAAGAUUGCGAUACACCUAAAUCUCCUGUUCCUAAAAAACUUGACUCUCCUCGACAAAAAAGUUCAAAGGCUGAUGCUAACAAACCACCACGAUUCGCCGUAACACAAUGUGAUGAAUUAUUGAUUGAUCGGGUGGCGACAUACAACAGGAGUAAAAAGCUCCGUUGCAAAUGAUACAGAGCAGGCGAAUGCAUUUUUUUUUUCUGUACAUUUCUGAACUACAAAUGUACAAUUUUGUAUGUUUAUGUGUUGUGUAUUGUUCUCUGAAUAAUAUUUCGAGAGGUCUCGUUAGGAAGGACAGUAUGGAUGAUUGUAAAUAUCAAUUGCACUUCUUUCAUGACAUUAUCUUUUUGAACAUUUAUGGGCUGCCAACACCGCCUAAAACAUAAUUGAAGAUACAUACAGAAGUUUCUUUCUUAAUAUAGCAACAUCUAUCAAUAACAAAAUGUAUAAAUCUGUAUAAUUUCAGUAAAUAUUUUAUAUCUUCUUUA